CCUUUUUCUUUGUAUCUUAUACACACACACACACACACACACACACACACACUCGUCAUCUUCACCACCCACGCUCUCCUUAAUUCCCUCCUCUCUCUGUAUUUUCUAUAUAUACUCAUUGAACACCCUGAUAUUAUAAAAUCGCAUUUCUCAUGGCAAAAGAGCACCAACGAAAAGAAAACAACCCACACCUACUCACAACGAAAGAGAAAGGCGCUGGUCAUAAAAACCCACGCCAUGCUCUCUUCACAUUCAUCACCACCUUCCUUCUCUUAGCAGGUCUUGCAGUUCUCAUAGUCUGGUUAAUUUACAGGCCCCACAAGCCCCGGUUCACUGUAGUUGGGGCUGCUGUAUACGACCUUAACACCACAUCCCCACCUUUCAUUUCAACCUCCAUGCAGUUCACUAUUUUCACUAGAAACCCCAACACGAGGGUCUCGAUCAUGUAUGAUAAACUCACUGCUUAUGUAUCAUACAGGAACCAAGCGAUAACUCCCCCACUGUUAUUGCCUCCACUUUAUCAAGAGAAAAAGAGCACAGUGGUCAUGUCUCCGGUGCUUGUCGGGGCAGGGGUUCCGGUGUCAGUGGAAGUUUCAGAUGGGUUGGUGAGGGAUGAGGCAUAUGGGGUUGUGGCGUUGAGGGUGGUGUUGCUGGGCAGGUUGAGGUGGAAGGCUGGGGGCAUAAAGACUGGGAGAUAUGGAGUUUAUGUGAAGUGUGAUAUCGUGGUGGGUUUGAAGAAGGGUUUUGUAGGGCCAGUGCCUUUGCUUGGGUCUCCACAGUGUAAAGUUGACAUAUGAAGUUAAUUAUAUAGAUCAAAGUCCAGCCUCAGAGAAUGUCAUGUUCUAGUCCAGUACUGUCUCCAUGCCUUGGCUUAUAUAUGGUUAGAUCAUGACGAUCAUAAACAACAAAAAUGAUUUUUUUUCCCUU